AAGAAUCAUGUCAUGUGCUUUUUUCUUCUUCUUUUUUUGUCUUCUUCUUGUCAGAGGAUGCUCACGUUCUCCGUUAUCACCUCCCGUUUAUUUAGGGUUUAUCAACGGUCCAGAUUCUUCGCUAUAAAAUUUAGACGGCGGUUUACUGUUUUAACGGCAGAUGUGGAUCGAAACUCUGAAAGUGGCAGGGUAUUGCCACGUCAUAAUAAUGGACUAAGGCCCACUCAUUGAGUAUUAUAAAUAGGGUCCAAUUAAGAAUUUUU